AAGAUAACUCAUCUCGAUCGGUGGCUCACCCCUGCCGCUGAGCCAUCCAAUUCCAAACUUCGAAAGUCCUAAUUCUCUUCAAUCUUAUUAAUCGUAAAUCUGCAGCCCCUCCUAGCAUCCAGAGUUCUGACGAGCACGGCCACCGGUGGAAUCUGCUAUCCGAACUACACCAUCUUCCGACAUCAUCUGAUUUCCCUGCCUCGCCACCUUCAUAUAGAUUCUCUUGUAUUGUACAGAAAACCCUAGCUUGAAGAAUGAUAUCAGCAAUAUCAUGGGUCCCCGAAGGGGCUUCAAAGUCUGUGCUCGAUGUGGCUGAGCAGCCUUCCAAGGAAGAAAUUGAAGAAUUGAUAAAAAUUGGUGCUUUAGAGAGAAAGUGAUUCUUUCCUUUCCUUCAUCUCUUUUCAAUCAGUUUCUUUAUUUUACUCUUUUUUUAAAAAAAAAAAUUUGGCGCCGAAUAAAAUACGCUGCAAAAAAGCCAGCCUUGUUUCUCUUCUUCGCGAUGAAGGAAUAAGCAAUAGUGAGGAUGUAGAUGACUCUAUGAAUGUUGAGGAUGAGAAGCAGAUCGAUCAAGUUGCCUAUGCAGAAGCUGUAGCUGAAGCAAUUGGGAAAACUUCCAAGAACAAGUGAGGGAUCCAAUUGGAAGAAGUUACUGAUGGCUUGAAGAAACUUGACAUGGAGCAUUAUGAUGAAGAGGAUGAUGGUAUCUCUGCUUAGGCUUAUUUAAGGUGGUAUGUAGUUUGUUUAGGAUGAUGACUCAGAAGAUCUUGAGGACAUGGCCAUUAAAUCAAUGGAUGCCGUCAUUGUUUGUGCACGAAAUGAAGAUGAUGUCACCCAUCUUGAGGUUUAUAUCUAUGAGGAAAUGGAUGAAGGUGAUUCAAAUAUUUAUGUGCAUCAUGACAUCAUUCUCUCAGCUUGUCCCCAUUGAAUGGCAUGGCUUGAUUGCCCACUUAGAGGGAGAGAAAAAGGGAAUUUUAUAGCUGUUGGCUCUAUGGAACCUUCCAUUGAAAUAUGGGAUCUUGACAUUAUCGAUGAAGUACAACCAUGUCUGGUAUUAGGUGGUGCUGAGGAGAAGAACAGGAGAGGAAAGAAGGUCUGAUACUGAAUUGUCAAAUUUAUUGUCCUCAACCUUCAAAUUGAACUAUUCUUAUACUUUUAUGUAAAAAUGCUUAACAAGGUUAUAAAUGACACCUUAUGUUUUUUAAUAUCUUAGUAAAAUUGAUUUAUUUGCUUGUUUAUGUAUAGAAGGUUGUUCUUGGAAUUUGGAAAAGCAUGGAAUGAAAUAAAGAAAGUAGGGGGGUUCUUCUGCUUGCCAACCAAGUACCAAGUACCAACCACUGUUUUGGUGAAUCAGAUAAUAUGUUGUUAAUGUGAUUUGCUGUCCUUCACCUGAAAGUUAUAAGAUGAUUUUUGCACCAAUUAAUUUUCAUAGCUUGUCCUAAUCAGUAUGAAUAUCAUCAGCACUUUUGCAGAGUCUAGAUUUUGACACUGGUCAUUCUGGCUUUAGAUUUCUGGAAAAAGUUGGCAUGCAAUGUCCCAGAUAGGUGUUCUGUAGAGCCAUAUCUUUUUAUAUGUUGAAACAUGUCUCUUAAUUGUUAUUGGAAUGCAUUUUCAGAUUUUUUAUGCACAUGCCUUGGUGGAAUCUCCACUGGAAAUUUAACGCCCAGAGGUAGAAACAGGCUAGAGCUUUGGGUACUAGGCAGUGAGUGAUUGUAGGGGGGAAUGGUAGAGCUGUUAGGUUCCUCUAGUUAAGCAUUUGGGCCCUGUAGUUAUCAGUUGAUGUACUUUUACUUUUUCUUCCUUGAGUUUCAUCAUAUGCAUUUGACAUUCAGUUGCUGUGCCUUCCAUUCCCUAUUU